GACUCUACCAGAGAGGCUGAGAGAGCUAAAGUGUUCAAACAACCUGGACCUCCUGCACAGACAAGGACUAAACCAUAAUGUGUUGUACUUCAGCGAGAUUAUCGACCCGAGCUGCUUUCUGAACGUGACUGUAGUGAAGCCAUCUUCAGCACAGGACUUCUGGUUUUGUUCCACCGCCUACAAGAUGCACAUGAAUAGCUUAUUAAAUCAGUGGACGGACAUCUCCAGGAUGUGUGAUGUGGACAUGUCCUCGGAGCCCAGCAGUCCCACCCUGCUGGGUGAGUCCUCAGACAAGUACUACCAUGUAGAUCGCUGGCAGAAGCUCAGAACUGCUGUCCGCAAACUGGAGUUUUGGGAGAACUUUACGGCUGAGCUCAUCGGAAGCGGGUUCUUCUCCAAAGUCUAUAAGGUAGUGCACAACACCAGCCGCAAAGUGAUGGUGGUGAAGAUCUACAAAAACGAUGUGGACCAAGACAGCAUUGUACGAGAGAUUAGUCUGCUGCAGAAACUCUCCCACCCAAACAUCGUAAGGUAUCUGGGAAUCUGUGUGAAAGAAGACAAACUCUAUCCGCUCCUAGAGUAUGUAAAUGGUGGCUGUCUGGAGGAGCUGCUGGCCAGGAAAGACAUUCCCCUGUGCUGGAGAGAGAAAGUGGAGCUGGCCUGUGAUAUCAGCCGAGGGAUGAUCUACCUGCACUACAAGAACAUUUACCACAGAGACCUGAACUCCAAGAACUGUCUUAUCCGUGUGACGCCUCGUGGUCGUGAGGCUCUGGUGACUGACUUUGGCCUGGCCAGGGAGGUGGUGGAGCUGCCGGUGAAAGACCCCGCCAGGAAGCUGUCUUUAGUGGGCUCGGCCUUUUGGAUGGCCCCCGAGAUGCUCAGAGGAGAGCCGUACGACCGCAAGGUGGAUGUCUUCUCCUUUGGCAUCGUGCUGUGUGAAAUCCUGGCCAGGAUCCCCGCUGACCCAGAGAUACUUCCCCGAACACAGGACUAUGGGCUGGAUGUGGAAGCGUUCAAGGCGCUGGUGACAGGCUGUCCUCAGCGUCUCCUGCAGCUGGCAGCAAGCUGCUGUAUGGUGGAGUCCUUCAGACGGCCAGCAUUCACAGAACUCCUUGAUGAAAUGGGAGAAGUCGCUGAGAGUCUGGAGCUCCAGCCAAAAUCCGAUGUGAGUGCCAGCUGAGUCGUCACUCCUCCAGCAAUAGGACCGGAGAGUUGGGAUUGUUUCUCACUGUCAGGAGAGGAAGGAGGACUCGGAAUAUUUCAACCUUCUUUGGCAUGCCUCUCCUCUGCUGCACACACUCACUCACACUGACUGAACUGGUGCUGAUAUGCUACGGGGGUCUUUGGAGGGCAGUGGAAACACCCCAGACCUCUCACUGGACACUGCUUACAGAUGUGUGCAGAAAUAUUAGCUUGACUCUUGGUAUGAUCUGUUUUGUUUUUUCAUUGGAACAUCUUACCUGCCCAUGCCAGCGUCAGACUACACCAUGUUUUAGUCUGUUAUGAUGGUCACUGUGUCAGAUUAGGCGGUCGCAGAGCCAUCGGGUUGUCAGGUGACUGACGGGACGGUGUCCAGCCAAUCAUCACAGCAGAUGUGAUGACGUUGGAAGGAAGAGAGGCUUAUUUCCAGGUUGAAAUCACCUGGAAAUAAGACUGUAAAUAAUCCUGUAUUUGCUGUACUAUACUCUGUUUGUUUAGAUGCUAUGAGGAUGCUCGCUAAUAAUUAUGACAGUUACUAACCAGGCUGCAGAAGUGUGUCUUCUCACCAACAUUUUUUUUUUUUGUCUGUUAUGGUAGUCCUUCGACGACACAUCAUGAAGGCAAGGAUGUGCCAUUGUUCCAUCUCACGGCACCCAUUUCUUCAUUCUUCUUCUUCCUUUUGAAUGCAUGCAGAGAACUCUGCUCUCAUUGGUCAAAUCAAACACGCUAGACGUUUUGACAGGAGGUUGGGAGGCGUCUUUGAUGUGGCUCUGACUGUCGUCUCUAUGGCACACCACACAGGAGAAAACAUCCAAUUUCCAGGGCCAUCGGGUCCCAAAACACUCCGACUUCCAUAACCACAUUGGUAGCAUGACUGAGCUCGGCAUAGACGUCUUAUUCUCUCUCUCAUCCUCUUCUCUGUUUGAGACGACACAGACGCUCUAGUCUGUUGAUGUACUGUAUCUUAUGCUCUUUCUGCCUGCUCACACAUCCCUUUGUCUGCAGGCCGGGAAUUUGAUUCAGGGAUUCUCUGACGGGAAACUACAGAAGGAUUUUAGAACAGAUCAUGGCUCAUUUCGUUAUAGAUGACAGGAUGCAUUCCUUUUCAGAGGGCAGAAUGGCCACUGAGACGGGCAUUGAAGCUUGUUAAAGGAGUAAUGACAGUUUUUUGAAUGAUCAACAGAGGCACCUCAAACAUGCGACGUACAUUUAGAACCCACAUUUAACAUUUACUGCAUGUUGACCUGAUCAUAAACUGCUAAAAACAUGUCAGAUUUAUUUUAACAAAUAUAAAUUAAAGCCUUAAGCCUCCAUUGGGUAAAAUCACUUCUUUGUUAAACUGGUAAAAAUCCAUAAAAAUACACAUUUCCCAUGAACUCAGUCCUGAAAGUCUUUGGUUUGAACAGGAAUGUGCACAGCUUCAUGCCCUCCUCUCUUUUUGCUUCGUCAUGUUUUUCUUUUACAUUUUCAAGUUUGUUGAUGGACUUUAAAGUAAAUGUGUGUGAAUAUUUAAGCUUUUCACUUUUGCUUACAAAAGUGGAGGAAAUGAAGUUUUAUUGUUCAGGUUUCUCUUUUGGUUUAGCUGUAUUUACUAGUUUCUGUUUCGUCUUAAUGAUUUUUUUUCUGGAGAAAUCAAAGUAAGCAAACUCUCACACAAUUGGUCUGAUAAAUAUUUAGCAUUUAAUCACAGAGACAUAUAAAAAAUCACAUAUUUUACUGAUAAAGGUUUGGUUUUCUGACACCAUAAAUGAUUCAACAAUCAGAAUAAAAAUGAUCAUUUAAUUGACAUGAAAAAAUAAACUCUUUUAAAUGUAUUUUAUUUUUCAUGCAUCAGUUGUUGUUCUGAGUGACUUUUUUCAGAAGAUGCCAGUUUUUCAUUUUUUCUCGUGGAAAGCU